CUUAAAUUAACCUUUCUUCCAUAUUUCACAAUGAUUUGCCUUAAUUUGCCUUGAUUUUGUGCCUUAACCUUUCAGACAUAAAUAGAGAUUCUUGGCUACACCCCUUCAGCACAGUUUUAUGGUUGUGUCAAAUGGCAACUGCUUGCAUAGUCUUUGUUGUAAUAUGGUGUCUGGACCGGAAAAGCCCCCAAGGCUACUAUCAUGUGCUCAAGGGCAGCGAUGAGGACGGAUUCACAUUACUGGAUUCCAUCAGUUAUGUUGGCGGUGUGGCGUUUGGUAAGGAUAUCGGCCCAGUCAGAACUCCGCUGAGCACAAGUUCACGGCUCGUGUCCUAUGUCUACUCAUGUCUCGCUCUCGUCAUGAUCAAUUCUUACUGUGCUAACCUCAUGGCGUUCUUAGUUGAAGAAAAAGUCGGUCUUCCCAUAACUGGCGUUCGUGAUCCUAAGGUACGUGUGUAUGCGCUGUACGAGUGCAUGAAUGUUAAUGUUCCAAGUUAUCUCUGCGCUUUUUCCGACUCUAACUCAAAACUGGUACUGCGCUUGAAUUUGAAUUGACCAAUAAGAAUACACCUACAAUCCUGGUCAAAAGUCUUGGGACAAUAUGCACUUUAGCCAACACACGGAAUUUCUGUCAACCUCCCCAACUCCACCCCCAGCACAAUGUUGCUGCUGAUCCAUCCAAAGUAGGCCCACUAUUGUAAGAUUGCUUUGGCGCGCGGGGGGGGGGAAGGGGGGCAUCACCAGUUGGCAUCUUGUCAAGUGUUCCAAGGAAAUCUGGCCAGGAUUGUAGUCUGGACGGUUGCUCUGAGAAAUGUUAAAUAAAUUGAAAAUGCAUGUAGAAGGAUAGUGAAAAACAGUGCUUGUAGAGAAAUCUUAAUGUAUGUAAGAAUUUUUUUUCUUAGUAGCAUUCAUUCGUGAGGCAAAUGUAGUAUGAAAACGAGAAUAAUUGUUUGACCUAAUCAUUUAUGAUUCCCAUAAGAGAAAAGAGGUUAAUGAGGAAGUUUGAGAGAAGGGAGAUUUUCUGACAAAAAAAACGACAACCUUAAUUAACACAAUUUGCCAAAAAGAGACGAGGAGAAAUUGGUGCUCAAAUAAGUCGUGGCAGUUUCACAGUCCUCUUGUCUCGU